CCUCUUCCCCCACACACCUUCUUCCCUGCCACAUAGCACUCGCCGUGUGACGACCUCGACGACAUGUCUGACGCUACGAAAAAGUCCAAGCAUGCUCACGCUGCGUCGCAGGCCGCGCAGCCUGCACCUAGGAAAGUGCGAUUCAAUGUUGGUACUCAAUACCAAGUGCUAGACGUCGUGGGUGAAGGCGCGUACGGUAUCGUUUGUUCGGCCGUACACAGGCCCAGCGGGCGGAAGGUCGCGAUCAAGAAGAUCAUGCCCUUCGACCAUUCGAUGUUUUGCCUGCGGACCCUUCGUGAGUUAAAGCUUUUGAAGUUCCUGAGCGAGGCGGGUGUCAGUGAGAACAUCAUCUCGAUUCUCGACAUUAUCAAACCCCCGUCGCUAGACGCGUUCAAGGAAGUCUACUUGAUCCAAGAAUUGAUGGAGACCGAUAUGCACCGCGUCAUCCGAACGCAGGAUCUCUCUGAUGACCAUGCCCAAUAUUUUGUAUAUCAAACGCUUCGGGCGCUCAAAGCCCUUCAUUCCGCCGAUGUCAUUCAUCGAGACCUGAAGCCGUCCAAUCUUCUCUUGAACGCAAACUGCGAUCUCAAGGUUUGCGAUUUCGGUUUGGCCAGGAGCGUGAAGACCGCGGAGCCUUCUGGGACUGAGACCGGUUUCAUGACCGAGUAUGUGGCGACACGGUGGUAUAGGGCCCCGGAAAUCAUGUUGACGUUCAAACAGUACACAAAGGCAAUCGAUGUAUGGUCCGUAGGAUGCAUUCUUGCCGAGAUGCUCUCGGGCAAGCCCCUAUUCCCUGGACGCGACUAUCACCACCAACUUACACUUAUCCUCGAUGUUCUUGGAACACCCACCCUGGACGAGUUCUACGCCAUUACAACGAGAAGGUCGAGGGACUACAUCAGGGCGCUUCCAUUCCGGAAAAAGAAGCCUUUCAGCCAGUUGUUCCCGAACGCCAACCCGAACGCUAUCGACUUUUUGACGAAGACUCUGACAUUUGAUCCCAAGAAGCGGAUAACUGUCGAGCAGGCUUUGGCCCACCCUUACCUUGAGGCAUACCACGACCCAGAUGACGAGCCCGUUGCCCCUCCUCUCGAUCCCGAAUUCUUCGAAUUUGAUCUGCACAAGGAUGAUAUCAGCAGAGAACAACUCAAGGAACUUCUCUACGAAGAGAUCAUGAGUUUUACACCCGUCGUGAUGACCUCGUCAUAAAAUGACCCCUCCAGCUCGUACCUCCACCGCCACCCUCGGUCGCACUCUUCACUCCAUCACGCCUGCAUCGAUCAUGGAACGGAUUUCGCUGCAUCGCAGCUUGGUGUAUAUUUCGCUGUUUUACCCGGACUUCAUGAUGUUAUCGCUCUCAACUCAACAAAUCAACAACGCUCAUACCGAGCCAUCAAGUACUUCUUUACGCCUCCUAUCACUCGCAAUUCCACUUCUCCUUCGCUCUAGUUCCUACGUUCUAUUGUUUUAUAUAUUUGUGUCUUAAUAGACCUUCAGGUUAUCGUAUUCGUCCCGCGUCCCCCACCUCCGUCGCUUUAUUCAUCCUUCUGCAACUGUGCAUCGCCAAGCUCAUUGGGAAGUUGUUGAACGUCUUUUAUACCAUACUUGAACAAACCUUUUUCCCGUCCUGCCCCGUUUCAUUUCGUCCUGUCUCGUCUCAUGUCGUGUUAUUGUCUUGUUCGUCCGAGGCUCCUUGGCUAUUCUGACGUGUGUGCAUUAUACUUUCGAGUCUGGCGAUAUGGAUACGUGGAAUUGGGUCUCGCUUGUGAAUGUCC